UUUUUUUUUUUCCUUUUUAUACAUAUAUAUUUUUUUCUUUGGUCUUUAUUUUUUUUUAUCUCUCUUUUAUCUCUUAUUUCAUCUUCUCUUAUAAUGCAACAAAAGCGUUCAAGAAAUCCAAAAUCUAAACUUUUUCAAUGUACAGGCUAUGCAGACUGUAAUAUGGUCUUUACUAGAAGUGAACAUUUAGCACGUCAUUCUAGAAAACAUACAGGAGAAAAACCAUUCAAGUGCAUAGUUCCUGAAUGUAAUAAAGCAUUUAGUAGAUAUGAUAAUAUGAUGCAACAUACUCAAACACAUCGAAAUCAUAAUUAUCAAGUUAUUUCAAAUGCUGCAAAAGAAUAUUAUCGAAAAGAAAAAAGUCGAUCUACUAGAACACAGACGUCAAAAAAUAAUAAUAAAGAAAUAAAGGAGACCGUUCCAAAAGAAUUAAUAUCAUCAUCAGGACUUUAUCCAUCCGUUUCUUCCUCCUCUUCCUCUUCCUCUUCUUUUUCGGAUGAAGAAGAACUAAUCAAUACUCAAAUAUCGCCCGUUAAAAAGCAAAAAAGAGAUCAUUGGCACCAACGAAGGUUAUCUAUUGCUGAUCUUUGUAAUCCGCCAAUUUCUCCUUCUUCUUCUGAUACAGUCAAAAGUGGUGUCCUGAAUUUAACAAAAGAUGAAUUCGAAGCAUUAGAAGGUUUCAGAAGAUUUCGUCAUUUAUCGUCUUCUUUUUAUUUUGCUUCUUUAAAAUGUCUAACUUCCCGAGAAUAUUGACAUCAUAAAUACUUUAUUAUUAUAGUCUGUACAUAAUAUAACUUUUCUUUCUUUUCUUUUUUGGCUUUUAUUAUAAUCAAUCAAUCAAUAAAUAGCUUUCUUUAUAUAUUUAUUUAAAAA